CUAUCACCUGAGGGUUGUUUAUCCUGCUUCCCUUAUUCCCCUUUUCGAACUACUGCACUACCAUGGCCGCACCAACCCGCCCCUCGGUAAUUCCCUUGAUCAUCAACGGCAAGGAAGAAUACACGGCGUCGACCUUUGAUGUGAUAAGCCCUUAUACCAACCAAGUUUGUUGGACAACAGCCUCAGCAUCGGCCCAGGACGCAAUUCGCGCCGUCGAGGCGGCGGAGGCAGCUUUUCCCUCCUGGUCGCAAACCAAACCUACUGUGCGACGAGACAUCCUCCUGAAAGCAGCUGAUAUUUUGGACAGUCGUCUCGAGCAAAAUGCAGAAUAUAUGCGGACGGAAAUGGGCGCCGAUGUCGGUUCGUCUCUGCAUUUCAUCGCUCCGCUCGGGAUUCGCAUGUUGAGGGAUAUCGCGGGGCGCAUCACUUCCAUUUGCGGUAGUGUUCCCGUCGUCGACGAGGAGGGCCAAAGUGCCAUGAUUUACAAGGAGCCCAUGGGGGUGAUUCUCGGGAUCGUACCUUGGAACGCUCCGUACGUAUUUGGAGUCCGCUCUGCAGCUUGCGCGCUUGCAGCUGGCAAUACGACGAUCCUUAAAUCCUCAGAGCUCUCACCUUGCUCAUACUGGGCGCUCGUGCGCGCCUUCGAAGAUGCAGGCCUACCGCCUGGCUGCCUCAACCUGGUAUCUUGUGCCCCCCAAGAUGCCCCCGACGUGGUUAAUGCCAUGAUUGAGCAUCCAGCUGUGCGCAAAAUCAACUUCACGGGCAGCACAGCCGUAGGCAGGAAGAUUGCUGGAGCUUGUGGCCAAAAUCUGAAGCCAUGCCUGAUGGAACUAGGAGGCAAGAACAGCAGUAUUGUGUGCGCAGACGCUAAAAUCGAGACUGCCGUGAAGGGAGUCCUGGCGGGCGCAUAUUUGAAUUCAGGCCAAAUUUGCAUGGCUACGGAUCGCAUUCUUAUUCACUCGGCUAUUGCACCCAUCUUCAUCGAUGCACUCAAGAAGGCGCUCAGCUCCAAUGUCGACCCUUCGUCACAGCCCCCAACCAUAGUCAACAUGCGCUCAAAAGCACGAGUCAACAACCUUAUCAAAGAUGCACUGGCAGGUGGCGCCCACUUGAUCCACGGUUCGUUAGAUGAGGACUCUGCUCAGGCAAACAAUGGCGUUCGGUUGGCGCCUGUGCUUCUAGGUGGAGUCACUGAAAACAUGAGCGUUUGGCAAGAAGAGGCCUUCGCUUCAUUAGCAGCAUGUAUGGUUGUGGACAGCGAUGAAGAGGCUAUUCGGAUCGCAAACGGUAGCGGCUAUGGCUUGUCUGCAGCCGUGUUUACCGAAGAUCUGCGGAAGGGGUUGGCGAUGGCACGUAAGAUCCAAUCAGGGGCUGUUCACAUUAAUAGUAUGACUGUCCAUGACGAACCUGCCUUGCCGCAUGGGGGCGUCAAGAAUAGUGGGUGGGGUCGUUUCAACUCAUCUCAAGGACUGGAUGAGUUCCUACUCACUAAGAGUGUGACAUGGAUGGAUUGAUGUUGAUACUCGGGCUCCGAUUGAUGCGAUUGCGCGAGCGCUUUUAAUGCUGAUUCCGGAGGAGCAGCCAGUCAUUAGAGAGACCUGUGAUUUGAGGGGAAGUGUGACAGAUGUGGGGGUAUAGGGGGAUUGGUUGGUGAAGGGAAGAGGGAAAAGCGUACUUUAGUCCUUCAUCUGACUGAUGAGCUUUUCGUCCCGGAUGAUUUGCAUGGCUGUGGACCGAGAGUCGCCUGGGCCGGUGGCAUCUUGACGGACAGCCUAGUAUGGAGACAUGAUGAGGAGUCGAGCAUUGAAAAGGACUCGGGUUGGCUGGUUGAUGGUGGUCAUCCAGAGGAGGAACAUACAUCGCUUUCUAGUACAUAGGAUAGAGGAAUUCGAAAGAGGCACCAAAGAAGGG